GUGAGGCAGCGAACGGGCAGAAGAGAUCAGCUCUGUGUUUACGUUGAGAUGCUCACAACAAAGGACAGCGCACCGCGGAGAGCCUGUCAUUUAAAAUCAAACACCGUGGAUAUUUUCAUUCGCGGUGACCGUUUCUGAGCCACAUCUCCAGGAACAGGAGAAGAAAAUAACGCUUCAUUGUGGCAUUUUAUUUUCUACGUUGUCUGAUUUUUACUUCUUUUUUUUUACUGUUAUUAUUUGGGGGGUUAACGAGCCCAGAGAGGAGACAAAUUAGGACGAAAUCUCCUCUCUCUCUCUGUCUUUUUUUUUUUUUUUUAAAAGCCGGUGGUGGAGUGUUAGCUAGCUUGCUAACCUCAGCCAAGUUGUGGGAAAGCCAGGCGGGCAGCAGCAGCAGCAGCAGCUGGUGGACAAGCUAGCAGCUUUAGACAAGCAGCCACACGGGAGACAAUACAAGGACUUCAUCGGAUAUAUCGCAGGCAGGACAAGUGGCGCUGCGAGAGACGGACACAUGAAGCAUGAGAGGGUGGAGCUGAGGCUCAGCUGACCCUUCCCCUUCCUUCUCCUCCUUUCCCCCCGUGCUCCAUUCGAUCAGCACCCUCCCCCCCUCCUCCCUUCCCCUCCUUUCCCCUUCCUGUCUCCCUCGCCCGGUUGGAUCUCACCUCCCCUCCUCCUCCGAGCCUCAAUCAGUCGAGCCCGAUGUACUCCCCGGAGCAGGAAAACAUCUCCACCACCGCCUCCACCAAAGUGCCAGUGAAGUAUGGAGAGCUCAUUGUGCUGGGGUACAAUGGCUCUCUGCCUAAUGGGGACCGAGGCCGACGUAAGAGCCGCUUUGCGCUCUGCAAGAGGCCGAAGGCAAACGGGGUGAAACCCAGCACAGUUCACGUCGCCUGCUCUCCACAGGCAGCCAAGGCCAUAAGCAACAAAGACCAGCACAGCAUCUCUUACACUCUGUCUCGAGCGCAGACGGUGGUGGUGGAGUACACCCACGACAGCAAUACAGACAUGUUCCAGAUCGGUCGAUCGACAGAGAGUCCCAUAGACUUUGUAGUCACGGACACGGUGGCGGGCAGCCAGAGUAACGCAGACACCCAGUCGGUCCAGAGCACCAUCUCUCGCUUCGCCUGCCGCAUCAAGUGCCAGCGCACGCCGCCUUACACUGCACGCAUCUACGCCGCAGGCUUCGACUCAUCCAAGAACAUCUUCCUCGGGGAGAAAGCUGCCAAGUGGAAGACAUCUGAUGGACAAAUGGACGGGCUGACCACCAACGGCGUGCUGGUGAUGCAUCCUCGAAACGGCUUCACCCAGGACUCCAAACCAGGCGUCUGGAGGGAGAUCUCAGUCUGCGGCAACGUCUUCACCCUGCGGGAGACCCGCUCAGCGCAGCAGCGAGGAAAGAUGGUCGAGACUGAGAGUCACGAGCUGGUCGACGGCUCCCUCAUCGACCUCUGCGGUGCGACCCUGCUGUGGCGCACAGCUGAAGGCCUGUCGCGCACUCCCACCCUCAAACACCUGGAGGCGCUGCGGCAGGAAAUCAACGCGGCCCGCCCGCAGUGCCCGGUGGGCUUCAACACGCUGGCCUUCCCCUCGAUGCGUCGCAAGGACACGCCGGACGAGAAGCAGCCCUGGGUCUACCUCCAGUGUGGCCACGUGCACGGCUACCACAACUGGGGCAACCACCUCGAGGAGCGGGAGGGCCGGGACGGGCGCCACAGGGAGUGCCCCAUGUGCCGAGCCAAAGGGCCGUACGUGCCGCUGUGGCUGGGCUGCGAGGCGGGGUUUUACGUCGACGCCGCCCCGCCCACUCACGCCUUUAACCCCUGCGGCCAUGUUUGUUCGGAGAAGACAGCGGGCUUCUGGAGUCAGAUCCCGCUGCCGCACGGCACUCACACCUUCCACGCCGCCUGCCCCUUCUGUGCCCACCAGCUGACUGGUGAGCAGGGCUUCGUCAGACUCAUCUUCCAGGGACCCCUCGACUAGCAGGGGCGACUUCCCAGCAUCCUUUGGGACCCUGCUUUAUAAACAGCGAACGGCCCUGAUUUGUUUUCUUUCCUCUGCGGUUCCAAUACAAACUUUUUUCUGGACUUUUUGUCUCUUUCUCAUAUUUAAGUGACCUUUGUAUUGCUUUUUCAUGAAUGACAACAAAGAUUUCUAUAUUUUCACGUGAAACCAGAGACACAAAAACCAAACAAAGAACACUGCUGGGUAAAACCUUUUGUUUGUUUCUCGGAAAGAACUUUCAACAACAGUAUUUUUCAGAAUUACUAAACACACCGUAGCGCAAACAUACGGUUCUUCUCCAUGUUUAUUGUUGCAAUAUACAUCUGUGUACAUCUCUUAGAGCUAAUUUAAACAAAGAUGUUUAUUUAUGGCCCGAGAACCAUCGCUUCAUUCUUUAUCUGUCAGAUAUGUCUAACUUCAGUACUUAUAGCAUUUUAAUUUGAAGAUACAGUAUAUUGUUAAUCAGAGUUAAAGUUCUAGGUGUGUUCUGAGGGUUUCGUUCUGUGUCUUUUCCCCACGUUCACCUCCUCUGAUCUGUUUGUCGUAUUUAUACACCCCCCCGUCCUCCGGCGUGCUCUCACUCUGUGUGUCGACCCUUCGGUUAUACUCUGUACUCCAUGGCCUUUUCACAUUCAAAGCAAUAGAUUUGGAACGGACACCUCCAGAAGCAUUAUGGGAAACUGAGUCUUCUCUCUGUCUGUGAAACGCUCAGGCAGCCUGAGUGACUGAUCCCUCCCUUUAAAGUCCGAGUGAAACGUUUCUGUGGGUGAAUCUUAUCUGAACACAGGUUAGCCAUGAAACUGCAGCGAUGUAGCGCCACUGACACACACACACACACACACACACACACACACACACACACACACACACACACACACACACACACACUGCAAACAGACCUGGUCAAAUACUUUUUCUUGCAGUAAAAGUGGAAGGGAAGCUGAAAUAAAAACAAAAAGUGCAGUUUUGGGGGCUCUUCUGCACAGUUACAGUAAGAAUAUUAAUGAUUAUUUAGCCAGAAACAAACAGUAUUCUGAUGAGUAUUGAUCUCAGCACUGAGCUGAGAAAUUAAUAGUAACUUUUGGCAUCUUACCACAACGUCCUGACUGUUUAAAUGCAAUGAAAACUUUAGCUCCAGCCAGUAUUGUAUUGUGCAUCCUACUAGAGGCGUGUUUUUUAUUUUGAAAAUCAUCGAUUUGCUGCACCAUCUCUGCGCACUAGUCGUGAUUUCCUGAGCCAUAAUGAAGUCCGAUGUUAAAGGGAAGUCAUUUCUUUCAGUCUCAUCCAUCUGACGACGCACGAAGCAACACAACACCUUUAAGAAAAAAAGACAACUGUAGCUGUUUGACUCAGGUUUGAUGCUCACAAACAAACACGCACGGCUUCAAGAUACAAAAUUCUGUGUGUGUGUGUGUGUGUGUGUGCGCUCAUCAGGGCUUCAUAUUAAUUUGUGCUUUCCAAACAGUGUAUUGAAGUCGGUCUCCGUGGAGCAUUUUAGGGAUAAUGAAGCUCUUAAAUGUGAGUACAAAAUAUCAGGGCUGCUUGUUCUCUUUUAAUUUUUCGUGGACUGUGAUGAGGACUGUUGUGUUUAUAUAUUCCAGUCACUGAGGCUUAACGAUUGUGUGUGUGUGAUCAAAAUGUCACAUUUAAGAAGUGCAGUCACAGGCGUCUUACCAACCUGUCGGGGAGGUUUAAUUGAGUGAGUUUAUCAGAAGGGAGACUGGAAAAUAAAGGUCAGCGGUUUAAUUGUUACAUUUCUGUGAGGUGGCCAAACAGAAAGGAGAGAAACUCUCUGAGGUCUCUGCAUGCAGCUGUUUUUAAUUUCAGUCUUCCCAAAAGCAGAUAUUCAGAGAAAAGUCAACUGCUGCAGCUCAAAUCUGGCAGACAGGAACGUUUUCAUAGCAAGUAAAAUACAACGAAAUGUGUUUUGUGGGCGUUGUACACUUUUAGAGGAUGGUGAUUAUAAAGGUGACAUGAUGGAGAACGACACGCAACAAACGUCACCGACAAGACGUAAACAAGAGAUGUUGCAGCUGACGUUCAUCACCUCGACCCCGAGGCCACCGAGCAUCGCUGAACUUUAAAUUAUAAUUAUGUAAAACUGUUCCAGCUAUAAUGAGAUCUGCCCCGCUGAGCUGUAGUUAUUAUGUAGACUUGUGAUCACGCCCGGCACGCGAGUAUCUGACUUCAAACUAUGUGUGCAUCAAAGUUUGUACGUAGUUUCCAGGUUGCAUAUGAUGUUUAUAAUUAUUUUGUUUUGAUUCACAAAAAUGCUCCCAAGUCGUGACCAGUGCCUGCCCCAGGUCGUACAGCACAAACAUAUUAGAUUCAGCAUGUUAACAGUAAUCUAAAGCCAUCUUUUCAAAGGGUCUAGUAUCACCUGGGGAGGAAGGAUCCCAGUGCAUAUUCCCAUGAUUCUGUGUGAUAAUAUCAGUGCGGUGCUACUCAGCAUGAGCUCACCUGUUCUCUGUUGUCACGUAAGAGAUGUGACUGAGAUCAGCUGUAUUUAAAUUAAAAUGAGUGAUGACAGAGAAGAUUAGGAGUGACUUGAGUUUGAUUUAUAUUAGUGUGAAAGCGUCUUUUAUCGAUCGUAACUAGUAACACAUGCAGCAGUUGGGCAAAUGAGCUUGAAACUCAAAUACGAGAAGGUACCGACUCGAUCGCAUGAGGUCAUCUGCUAAAUGUGGCCCAGAGCGAAGAUUAGAUUUACUUUUAAGACAACAUGAAACAAAAAGAGCUUCAUCAUCCAAAGACAGACUGAGAAAACCUGAAGUAAAGCUGCUGGAGGGACCUCGACAUUAGAUUGUUCUCAAGAUGAAGAAUGAUCGCAGACGCCAUGUUUGAUGCACCAACUGUCCUCUGACAUUAACACACAGACUGAGAUUAAAUAAUGAGUGUAGGGAGGACAGUCCUGAUAUUUUGUACACACACACACACACACACACACACACACCCUGCUGCGACACCGCGCUUCGUCCAGUUUGUUCGUCGACGUGAGAACGAGACACUCGAGCUGUAGAAACUUCAGUCACUUCCAAACAUCCACAACAUGAACAUCAGUGCACACCGAGCUUCUGCGGGUAUCCGUAGUGUGCGUGUGCAUGCGUGCAUGCGUGUGUGUGUGUGACAGAAAGAGAGAGAGAGUGUGUGUAAUUUAUGUGUUCUUGAGUGUAUGUGCUCACCUGUCCACACAGAACUUCAUUAUGCAGAUCACGUUCAUCACCCCCCAGUGUUUAGACUGCAACACUAAAAACUCACCUCAGGGAGAAAAACAAUGACCUGUGUCACACACAGACACACAUACAGACACACACACACACACAAGGUGUAAAGGUCUUCUGAGGAUACCUCAUGAGUUAAAAAGUCUGUUCUGGAUUUAAAGUUUCGUGUCUCCUUCACCCGGUUUAGUUCUGUUUCCUCUCUGUGGAUUGAGUGUGUGAGUAAGGGCUUCACUCCGUCUCUGUACUGUUAUCUCCACCCUGUUUACACACACACACACACACACACACACACACACACACACACACACACAUCCGUCAGUCCGUCCCGUCUCCCUCCACGUGCUCGUCUUCUCCUCCUUGUCCGGAGCCUCGUUGUGCUUGUAAAGGCGAAAGCAAAGAAUGUUUCCAGCAAACACUUUUUUGUAACAACUUUAAACAAUAAAGUGUAAAAGUGACACA